UGCCCGCGUUUCCUGGCGGUGAGUGCCGGGGCGGCAGGGUCAGGGAUGCGGAGGAACGGCUCAGUUGGUUGCCCUCCGUUCGUCCUCAUGGAGGGGCCGGGGCCCGCGAUGGGAAAGAAGAGGGAGGCUGUCUCCCUCUUCCCAGUGUCCCGCUCCUGAGUUCUCCGGCACCACCUCUGGUGAGAGAACCCAGCCGUGAGGACGCUUUGUGACCUGGGAGCCUGUGACACCUGCCGUGGGAAGCCAGCCGAUAACGCCCAGGAUGGUGGAGACCAGGGACCUGGUGCAGCUGCGGCAGCUCAACCUGGAGCUCCUGAGGCAGCUGCGGGCCGGGCAGGAUGCCGUGCGACGGGCUGUGGCCAAGGCAGCCUCAGAGUCAAGCCAGGACCCCUGCAGCAGCAGCGACUCAGAGAUACCAUCCUCCCAGGAGACGUCAGUAGCCUUCAGGGUGGCCUGCCCACAGGAUGCCAACCAGAGUGACCCCUGUGAUAGAUCCUGGCUUGGUGGGGCCAGUUCCAGGGUGAUCUCUCUCCCACCUGCCAAGCGCCAACACCAGGAGUCCCUGGGCCCACAGAGAUCCUACUCAGCUCCCUUGCUGGCCACCUCAGACUCCAGUGACCCAGAGCUUUCAGCAGAGCUGGAUGACCGAAGAACCCGGGAGGCACAGGCUCAGGGGUCCAUCCUGGCUCGACAAAGCAAGGAAUCGUCCGUGUCUGAGACCACCUUCAACAAGGAGUCUCCGGUGCCAGAGAGGAGCUGGCGCCUCAGACCGUACCUGGGCUAUGAUUGGAUUGCAGGGUCCCUGGACAACAGCUCUCCUGUCACCAGCAAGUCCGAGGCCUUCUUCUCCAAGCUGCAGGAGUUCCGGGAAGCCAACAAGGAGGAGUGUAUUUGCAGUGACCCCGAACCCCAGUUCCCAGACCUGCGGGGGAGCGGCACUGUGGAGAGGGACCACGAAUGUGUCUACUGUUACCGGGUCACCCGGCGCCUGUUUCUCGCGCCUUCAGAUCCCGGCACCCCGUGCCGCCUGUGCAGGAUGCCACGGGACCAGCGGGGGCCUGGGACCCUGGCAGAGCCAGUGCAGGUCAGGGUGAGCAUCCCGCUGUCCAUCCUGGACCCCCCGCAUCGGUACCGUAUCCACCGGCGGAAGAGCUUCGACGCCUCCGACACGCUGGCCCUGCCCCGGAUGAGGAGGCUGAGGCGGAGGGGAGGUGUCUUAUCCAAGGUCAGCCAGGAGGAAGCGCUGGUAUUUGAACCCAGGUCCUUAGGCUUCCGAGGUGCCUCCCAUAGAGACGCCCUUUGUCUCUCCUGGCACUGCCUGCUGGGCUGGGACAUUCUCCCUCCGAAGUCUGAGAAGAGCUCAGCCCCCAAGAGCCUGGACCUCUGGUCCUGUGUCUCCAAGGCCCAGCACCGGAAGCUGUCGGCUGCUGCCACGUCACACCUGGCUGGGCCAACACGGGUCCCACCUCCCAUCCCAAUCUGGUCAGAACCCUCAGUGCCCCCUCCCUGUGCCCCCCGGCCGAAGCCCUGAGGACUGGCCCUUUGGAGGAGGACAGCGGCCUGGCCAUCGUCUCAGCCUCUGCCCUCUGGCAGGGGUGCCCCCAAGAGGGGAGUCCUGGCCAGCCUCAGCUGGAGGUGGGCUCAGGUCCCACCUUCCUAGGCUGGGCAGGUGAAUGGAUCCAGGCUUGGUCCUUCCUGUGGACAGAGAAGUGGACCCCAGGGUCGGGGUGGGGGAUGCUGUGACACAUUUGUAAAUAAAGUUCAGAGCUCCCUGCAGCACCAGGUUCCCACA